AUGGUUUUGACGUUUACUACCUUCUCUCUCUCUCUCUCUCUUCCCCCUCUCUCUGUCUUUGUGUGUUUCUCUCUCUCUCUCUCUGUCUUUGUGUGUGUCUCUCUCUCUUCCCCCUCUCUCUGUCUUUGUGUGUGUCUGUCUCUCUCUCUCUGUCGCUGUCUCUCUCUUCCCCCUCUCUCUGUUUUUGUGUGUUUCUCUCUCUCACUUUCCCUCCUGUUUAUGUCUCUGUGUGUUUCUCUCUCUCUCUUAACCCUCUCUCUGUCUUUGUGUGUUUCUCUAUCUCUUCCCCCUCUCUCUGUCUUUGUGUGUGUGUGUCUCUCUCUCUCUUCCCCCUUUCUCUGUCUUUGUGUGUUUCUCUCUCUCUCCCUCCUCUCUCUGUCUUUGUGUGUUAUUCUCUCUCUCUCUUCCCCCUCUCUCUGUCUCUGUGUGUUUUUCUCUCUCCCCCCUCUCUGUCUUUGUUUGUUUCUCUCUCUCCUCUCUCUCUGUCUUUGUGUGUGUCUCUCUCUCUCUCUCUGUCUUUGUGUGUUAUUCUCUCUCUCUCUCCCCCCUCUGUCUCUGUGUGUGUGUCUCUCUCUCCCCCCCCCUCUGUCUUUGUGUGUUUCUCUCUCUCCCUCUCUCUCUGUCUCUGUGUGUUUCUCUCUCUCUUCCCCCUCUCUCUGUGUGUGUGUGUUUCUCUCUCUUCCCCUUCUCUCUGUCUUUGUGUGUUAUUCUCUCUCUCUCUCUCUCUUCCCCUUCUCUCUGUCUUUGUGUGUUAUUCUCUCUCUCUUCCCCCUCUCUCUGUCUCUGUGUGUUUUCUCUCUCUCUCCCCCCUCUCUCUGUGUUUGUUUGUUUCUCUCUCUUCCCCUCUCUCUGUCUUUGUGUGUUAUUCUCUCUCUCUCUCCUCCCCUUCUCUCUGUCUUUGUGUGUUAUUCUCUCUCUCUCUUCCCCCUCUCUCUGUCUCUGUGUGUUUCUCUCUCUCUCUCCCCCUCUCUCUGUCUUUGUGUGUUUCUCUCUCUCUCCCCUCUCUGUCUCUCUGUGUUUCUCUCUCUCUCUCCCUCCUCUCUCUGUCUUUGUGUGUUUCUCUCUCUUCCCCUUCUCUCUGUCUUUGUGUGUUUCUCUCUCUCUCUUCCCCCUCUCUCUGUCUGUGUGUUUCUCUCUCUCUCUCUUCCACCUCUCUCUGUCUCUGUGUGUUUCUCUCUAUCUCUCUCUCUGUCGCUGUCUCGCGCUUUCUCUCUCUCUAUUUCUACCUCUCCGUGUCUCUCUCAAUGUCUGUCCCUUUUCUCUCAAUCUUUUUCUCAAGCUCUCUCUUUCUCUCUAUAUCUUUCUAUCUAUCUAUUUCUCUAUUCCUCUCUCUUUCCGUCUCUCUUUUUCUCUUUUUUCGGUCCUUUCUCUCUCCAUCUCUGUCACUCUUUUUCUCUCCCUCUUUCUAUCUCUCUUUCUCUCUUGGUAUUCUCUCUCUCUCUCUCUCUCUUGCGUUCAUUUAAGAUACUACUUUCUCUCUCUCUUUCUGUCUCCCUCUCUUUGUCGAUCUCUUUCUCUCACUGUCUUCGUCUCUCUGUCUUUGUCUCUCCUUUUCCCUCUCUGUCUUUCUUUUUGUGUGUCUCUCUCUCACUGUCUCUCUAUUUGUCUCUCUGUCUCUUUCUCUCUGUCUCACUCUUUCUCUCACCCUGUCUGUCUCUUUUUCUCUGUCUCUAUCUCUCUUUCGCUCUAUUUCUCUCUGUCUGUCUCUUUAUCGCGCUCUUUCUCUCUUUAUAUUUCUCUCUCUCUAUUUCUCUCUCUUUCUGUCUGUCUCUUUCUCUGUCUCUCUACUUUUUUCCCCUUUAG